AUGGCACCGAAAAACCGCAUCAUUAUUGACACUGAUCCAGGAGUGGAUGACAUCCUCGCGAUUCUGCUGGCGCUCUCAGCAUCUCCCGCUGAUGUCGAAGUCCUGCUACUUUCUGUAACGUUCGGCAACGUUCCAGUACAGAGAUGUCUCCGCAACAUUGUCGCCAUGUUCAAUGUCCUGGAGAAAGAGUUCGCCUGGCGGAAGGCUCAUGGGAAGGCGCUGGGAUUCGACGCGCUGAGAGCCUCGAAACCGCUUGUCGCCGUGGGCGCAGAUCAUCCCCUAGAGGAAGAUGAGUUGGCUGCCGACCAUUUCCAUGGUCACGACGGUCUGCACGGGGUCCACGACGAGCAUCCGCAUCUGAGUCCCGAGGCAGCAUGGGGAGCUGCCUUCCGCGAGGGUCAUGGCGAGAGAUCUACGCCUGCUCUGUUCACCCCUUCUAAGGUAGCAGCUCACCAAGAGAUCCUCCGUCUGUUGCGCGAGAGCCCCGUCAAUACCAUCACCAUUGUCGCAGUCGGCCCCCUGACCAACCUGGCCUUGGCAGCUGCAGAAGAACCUAUUACUUUCCUACGUGUCAAAGAAGUCAUUGCCAUGGGAGGCACCAUCGACUUGCCAGGAAACAUCACUCCAAACGGCGAGUUCAACAUUUACGCCGACCCAGUUGCGGCAGCCCGGGUAUUCGCACUCACAUCUCCUCGUCCGUACACAUCAAUGCCCGUAACCACGGCAGCCAGCACUCUCCCACCGUACCCAGAUUAUCUCUCCAGGAAGCUCAAGCUGACCCUGUUUCCGCUGGACAUCACGACCCCUCAUCGACUAUUCAAGGGUCCAUUCACCGAAAAGGCGAAGCCACUAGAGGAGGCGGGGAGCCCCCUGGCCCAGUGGACGGGCCACUUCAUGUCCCGCACCUUUGCCAAGAUUGAGUCACUCAAGCCGUCCGGCAGUACUACGGAGGCGGCUCCGGAGCUAGAGGAUAUCCGUGUCGAGACGUCGGGUCAGUGGACUCGUGGCAUGUGCGUGGUUGAUCGAAGGGGCAUCAAGAAGGCAGUCGGGCUAAGCAUUGAAGCUGACGAGUCGGCUGUUGAAGAGCUUGUUGGCGAUACUGGAGGAUGGCUCGGCGCCAACAGAGGCAACCAGAUUAGGAGAGUUGUUGAAUCUCCUGGUGAAGAUCUGUUUGGGGAGAUCUUGUUAAAAAACAUAUUCGGCUAGGUAAAGAUCUAAGUCACCUGCUUGACUUUCGCAAAUACUCGCUAUCUGCUCCAUUGCCACGUCCCCAUCCUUCAUGCAGGUGGACUGCUUCGAGCCUCUCAGUACCAGGACGUCUCUCAGCGGCC